AUGGCGGCGGCCGCGGAGGAGGCGGCGGGGGGGGGGGGAGGGGCGGAGGCGCUGCAGCGGCUGCGGGAGGAGAACCGGGAACUGAGGGCCGCCCUGCGCCGUUGCUCGGAGGUGCUGCGGGGCCGCUGCCAGGAGCUGCGGCGGCUGCAGGGGCUGCGCGGGGCCGAGCGGGAGCUGCUGCGGGGCCGCGUGGGGCAGGCGCGGAGCCUGGUGCAGCGCCUGCGGGCCCAGCGCGACGCCGCCAUCGCCGCCACCACCGCCACCACCAGCAAUGGCAACAACGGCAUCACCAUGGCCAACAACGGCAUCACCAUGGCCAACAGUGGCGUCACCAUGGCCAACAGUGGCGUCACCAUGGCCAACAGUGGCGUCACCAUGGCCAACAACGGCGUCACCAUGGCCAACAACGGCGUCACCAUGGCCAACAGUGGCGUCACCAUGGCCAAUAACACCAUCACCAUGGCCAACAACGGCGUCACCAUGGCCAACAGUGGCGUCACCAUGGCCAACAACGGCAUCACCAUGGCCAAUAACACCAUCACCAUGGCCAACAGUGGCGUCACCAUGGCCAACAACGGCAUCACCAUGGCCAAUAACACCAUCACCAUGGCCAACAGUGGCAUCACCAUGGCCAACAACGGCAUCACCAUGGCCAAGAAUGCCACUGCCAUGGCCAACAACAGCAUCAUCAUGGUCACCAAUGGCACCUCUAUGGGCACCGGCACCAUGACCAUGGCCAGCAACAGCACCGCCAUCGCCAACAGCGGCGCCACCAUGGGCAAUAAUGGCCCCGCCAUGGGCCCUGGCACCAUGGCCAUGGCCAACAACGGCACCACCUUGGGCAACAAUGGCGCCGCCAUAGCCAAUAGCACCACUAUGGGCACCAGCGCCGUGACCAAGGCCAACAGUGACACCGCCAUGGGCAACAACAGCACCAGCAUGGGCAACACCACUGCUGUGGGCACCAGCACCAUGACCGCGGCCAGCAAUGACACCACUGUGGCCAACAAUGACACCGCUGUAGCCAACAAUGGCAUCACCGUGGCCAACGAUGACACUGCCCUGGCCAACAGCACCGCUAUGGGCACCAGCGCCGUGACAGUGGCUGACAACGACACCUCUGGGGCCAAUACCAGCACAUCCAUGGCCACCAGCGCCACCGCCAUGGCCACCAAUGGCGCCGCAAUGGCCAAUAGCACCACUAUGGGCACCAGCACCACUGCCACCUCCAUGGCCAUCACCAGCACCUCCAUGGCCUGCGCCAUCCCCGCCGCAGCCACCAUCACCACGCUCACUAACACCGUGAACACGGCCACCAACAUCACCACCAUGGCCACCAACGCCACCUCCAUGGCCACCACCAAUGCUAUCAAUGGCGCCAUCAUGGCCACCACCAUGGCCGCCAAUGCCACCACCAGGCCCCCCUUGGGGCCCCCAGAGGAGCUGCUCCCCUCUGACCCUGCUGACGAGGCCCCCGGUGCCCCCAGAUACCCCCAGCACCCCCCUUUGUGUCCCCGCAGCCCCACGGAGCUGAGGCGGAGGCUGGCGGCGGCCGAGGCUGCGUUGGUGGCAGCGGAGGCGCGCGCGGUGGAGGUGGCUCAGAGCGCGGAGCUGCAGCUGCAGGCGCUGCGCAGGCAGCUGGAGCAGGACAAGGCCGCGGUGCAGGCGCAGGUGACGUCGCUGCUGCUGGAGCUGCAGGAGAGCCAGGAGCUGCUGGAGAGCGGGCGCAGGGAGCGCCAGGAGCUGGAGCAGCGGGCGCAGGCGGCGCAGUCGCGGUGCCGGGCGCUGGAGGCGGCGGCCUCGGGCCAUGCCCUGCAGCUGGAUCAGCUCCGACUGCAGGGCCACAACCUGGAGACAGCGCUGAGGGUGGAGCGGCAGCGGGCGAGCGACGAGAAGCGGAAGCUGGUGCAGCUCCAGGCCGCCUACCACCACCUCUUCCAGGAGUACGAUGCCCACAUCAAGGCCAGCCUGGAGGGCGACCGGCGCAGCCAGGACCUGGCCCUGGCACGCGCCCGGCUCCGCGCCGCCGAGGAGGCGCUGGCGGCCAAGCAGGAUCGCAUCGAUCGCCUGGAGGCCCAGGCCCAGGCCCAGCGCGCGCAGCUGGAGACCAUCCCCGUGCUGCAGGCCCAGGCCGAUAUCUUCAAGGCGGACUUCGCUGCGGAGCGGGCGGCGCGGGAGCAGCUCCACGCCCAGCGGGAGGCGCUGCAGGAGGAGCUGGAGCAGCUGCGGCGGCGCCUGGAGACCGAGGGGGCGGCGCGGAUCCGCAUGGAGGAGAUGAGGAACCGGCACUCGGAGCCCGCUGGGGGGGGUUUGGGGGGGCCCCCCCCCGAGGAGGAGCCCGAGCUCUGCUGCCCCAAGUGCCUGUACAAGGCCCCGGACAUGGACACGCUCCAGAUCCACGUCAUGGAUUGCAUCAAGUGAGGGGGGGGCACCCCCAAAACACCCCCCCCCUGCACCCCAA